GCCCCUAGCUUCAGAUGACUCUUUUAGUUUUAAUGUUUUGGAACUUCUCUUUUUGGCAGACCUAACACUUCAAGCAGAGUGGAAUAAGAAACCUUUAAGAAUCUAGUCCUCUUGUUCCAAAUUCAUUAUUAAGAGACCAAGUCGUUUUUGGCUGUGCAGAAAUGGGAGACAUUUGAGAUGGUGUGCAGGAGAGCAGAGCAGUGAUCAAGUAUUCAUGUGGGUACAGGGGGCUGGAUAAGCGAGGGACGUGUUCAGAGCAGAACGACAUGAAGGUAGCAGCCUGUUCAGGGCAGAGGAUGGCAAAGGAAGGGUGAAUAGCUUAAAUUUUUAAAUGCAGUAGAACUAUUUCCUGUUUGCUCCUGUGGUGCAGAGGGGUGGAUCGUAUGGGACGGUUUAUUCAGUGUCGACAAUGAACUCUUUUUUAUGCUCUGCCAAGUUUUCCCUGCAUGGCUUAAAGAGUCGACGGGAGUGAAUGUGUUCAAAAAGCAACUUAAGACGCACCGGGGGAAUCACUCAAUGCGGUCGUAGUUUUCAACCGCAGCCCACAACCGGCUCUGGGAUGAACACGGCACGUCCAUGAACUCCUUUGGUUUCGUUGUGCGAGGCCUCCCCCUGGCCUUGGCGUCCAUGACACAGGCUGCUGCCUGGGACCUGCGCUUUCAGCCAAGAUGGAGAGCAAUAUUUGUGACCAGCCUCCUGGCUUUAGUGCUCAUGUUAUAUCUGCACCGGACAGUAGGGAACACAAACACACCAAUCAAAGGUAGUUUUCUUACGCACAGAGGGGGAGAGUCGGAUGUAGGAUCUCAGAGACUUCUUGCUUGGCGUCUGAAGAGCGGAAAGCCCUACAAUGACACAUACCCGCUGAGUCCUCCGGAGAGGACGCAGCAUGGUAUUCGCUACCGUAUAGGAGUGAUCGCAGACCUGGACGUGGCAUCCCGAAGCUCCAAGGGUCAGACGUGGUUCAGCUACAUGAAGAGAGGCUAUGUGACCAUUUCAGAGAGCGCAGACAGAGUGGAGGUGGAGUGGGACGCAGACACAAUCACUUUAGAGAGCAGUCUGGCUGAGAAAGGACGAGGAAUGGAGCUGUCUGAGCUGGUGGCCUUUAAUGGUCACCUGUACAGUGUGGAUGACCGCACAGGUGUGGUGUACAGGAUUGAGGGAAGCAGAGCCGUUCCCUGGGUGAUUCUACCUGACGGCGAUGGCUCCGUCCCUAAAGGGUUCAAGGCAGAGUGGCUGGCAGUGAAGGAUGAGCACCUGUUUGUUGGAGGUCUGGGGAAGGAGUGGACUACGACAUCCGGGGAAUUCGUCAACAACAACCCGGAGUGGGUGAAAGUGAUCGACUACAGGGGCGGCGUGGAGCAUCAGAACUGGGUGCCUUAUUACAGCGCUCUGCGGAAAGCUGCAGGGAUCAAACCACCAGGUUACCUCAUCCAUGAAUCAGCAGCUUGGAGCGAACGUCUCCAGCGGUGGUUCUUCCUACCUCGCCGUGCCAGCCACGAACGCUACGACGAGGCAGCUGACGAGCGUCGAGCCACCAACCUUCUCCUGUCCUGCCCUGCGGACUUCAGACACGUGACCCUGCGGCGCGUCGGGCCGUUAAACCCUACUCAUGGCUUCUCCUCAUUUAAAUUUGUUCCUGACACAGAUGACCAGGUCAUCCUGGCUCUGAAGUCAGAGGAGGAUGGCGGCAGGAUCGCCACAUACAUCAUUGCCUUUACACUAGAUGGGCAGCUUCUAAUGCCUGAGACCAAGAUUGGAGAUGUAAAGUAUGAAGGCCUGGAGUUCAUUUAAAAGUGCUCUUUAAUGAACAGAUUGUUUUAUCCAUUCGUGAAACGUUUUAUAUGGGAGAGGUCACAGGUGAACGGUCAGACCUGCGCCAUAUUGGUGCUGCUUGAUGCUUUCGUUUUUAAGUCGAAGAGAAGAUACCGGAGUAGAGGCUACGACCAAAAAGGGCAAAACUCUACAUAAAUGAUACCAAAUAUAAAACUUAAGUGUGUUUUUUGAAGCAGUAUUUAAACAGAGACUGAUAACACAGGGAGCAGGGGCAAUUUUCUAGUGUUUGUUUAAACUUGCUGAAACUAUCCUCUGGAAUCACUAAAUUAUUUUCUCUUUCAUUAGGUGCCAAAUAAGAUUCUUAUUUACUGAUAAACACAAUAGUUGUCUUUGGGAUGGAUGAAUCGUCCAAUUUGAUUUACUAAAACGCUUUGUUUUAUUUUUAGAAGUAUAGACAGCAGUAGUUCUUAAUUUACCCUUAUACAUUGCAACAGUACCACCCCGUCUGGAGACCACAGGAUGCUGCUGCUGCCACCGUGCUCCUUGUUCGUUUU